AUGUAUAUUAUAUCAAUUUUAGUUUAUAUACUAACUAAUAUUACCAAAUUAUCAUCAUUUACAAUUAAUGGCGCCAACAAUACUCAAUUAUGCCUAAAUGCAGUAUUUAAAACUAGAAUCGGGAAGAAACCUCUAUCCAACUCAUUAUUAAAUCAAGAAGGAGCAACACACAUCACCGAAUUGGUUAAUGAAAGGAUAAAAAUUAGCCAUCCUGGUCCUAAUAGAAAGAUUAUAGACCCCAAAUUCCUGUAUAUAUCUAAUGUGGAUAUAGAAAUUACAGAUUCUGCUCUCGAAAACUUUUUUAACUAUAUUUUUGGACCUUUACUUGUAAAAUCGAAUUUAGAAAAAUGUAAAUAUACAAAUAGGCAUAGAGGUUUUGGGAAAUUAACGUUCAACACAGCUGAAAUUGCUACAAUUGCUAUGCUGGAAUACAAUGGUGUUAAACUCGGACGCAAAUCAAUAAUUCUCUCAGAAUUUCUCUAUUCGUCAAAAAAACACGAAGUACUAAACUCUAAACUGAAAAAUGCAUCGACAAUCAUUAAAAGAUUGAAUAACCAUGAUGAAUGUUGA